CGGUGUUGAACUACGGUAGAGUACCGCAGCAGCUCGGUUGCUACCGUAGCUACUAGCUAUGUAUAGAUUGAUUUCAUCACCAGCCAACAAGUGAGUACAGUAGAGGUAAUAGCUCGCAAAGAAUAUAGUAAAGGCACCGCACGGCCAAGAAAUCGCUCAAAGCAAUACAGGGGAAGACGCGGCUGUUGUUGUUGUUGUUGUUGAUUUUCUUGUGAUACGGCAACAAUGGCAAACACCGACAACGCACGGUAUCGGUACUGCGUACAUGUACUCUUCAUGUAUUCAUUUCAUAAAAUGCUUGCAAUAAAGAAUCGCAAAAUUGCAUACGGAAACAGUAAAAACGUACAGUAUAACCGCAUAUUGCUGACAAUGUAAUGCGGACGCUGUAGUUUGGGAGGGAUUGAAGAUUCGAUUCGUGGAUCCAACAAGAAUAUUCCCGGAAAAUCUGGGCAAAGCUAUAGUCUGACCGGUACCGGCAUCAUCCAUAAAAGCAAAAGGAUACAGUGCCAAACUGAACAAACAAAAUCAAAACAAGUAAUUCCAUCAUGUCCGUCUCUUCCAUAGAACAAACAAUCAACCUUGCUAAGAACCAAGGCAUGGCCCCUGAGUUUGAAUCCUGCCAUGCCUAUGCCGUGUUUCCAAGCAUUACCAGCGUCGCCAUCGGCAUUGGCGGUAAAGGCGGCACAGGCGAAGUCUUUCUGAAGGAUGGCAUGAAGCUCGGAGACGCCACAUAUGCAGUAGGAACUCUCGGUGGUUUCGGCGCUGAAAACAUCAAACAGAUUGUCUUUCUCGAGAACGCAGAGGCUACACAAAAAUUCACCAGCGGCAAAUUCGAGCUCAAGUACGAUUAUCAUGCGACGAUUGGUGGAGCCAGUGCCGGUGUCUCCGUUGGAACCACUACUGGUGCACAAGGCAAUGCUGGCGACGGUGGAAGCCAUGGAGUGGCCUAUAUGAAUGGUGUAAAGGUCGUGGCCAUCACGAGCAAGGGCCUGUACAUUUGUGGACCUAUUGCUGGAGGUGCCUUUGCGGAGUUAGGUGCUGGAAAGUAUAUGUUUACGCCUAUCUCGGCAUAGAGUGCUGGCACCAUUUAACCAGAUGAUUGAUAUCGAAGGCGUGGUGACGCGUAUCUAAUCGAAGCCGUCCUUGAAGGCCAACUUGGAUCUAGUACCUCCCAGGAAGACUUAAGCUUAUGGAUAAAGUUACGAAACCUAGGUGUCACAGCGUAUGCAAGUGUAGGCU